UCUAUUCCGUUGAAGGCUCAGCACCGGCGAAGACGAAGAUGGCGAGUCUCUGUCUCUCUUCGCCGUCUGUUCUCUCUCUUCGCCUCCGGAAUCGCAACAACAGACCUGUUCUCUCUCUAACUUCUCGGCUUCGUUCGCCGGAGGCUUCCGUUCUCCGUUGUGGUUCGAGUUCUGCUUGCUUCAAUCCGCUAAGAGUAUCGGUUGAUUGUCUGCGAAUGGCGACGAUGAGAGUAGAAAAGCGGGGAAGGAGGGGAUCGAGUGUGGUAUGUUAUGCUGCGCCUUUGAGUCCUCGUAAUCUGCAGUGGAUCUCGACCUUCUCUUCUAUUGUGCUUAUGCUUUCGAAGGGCACCGGUAUCCAGAAGUCCUUCCUUGUUCCUCUUUUUGCCCUACAAGCACCAGCGAACAUUAUUUCCUGGAUGAAGGGUGAAUAUGGCAUCUGGGCAGCAUUCAUGGCACUUCUUGUUCGACUGUUUUUCUUUAUUCCAGGUGAACUUGAAUUGCCAUUUGUGGCAUUGCUCUUGGUGAUUGUGGCGCCUUACCAAGUUAUGAACUUAAGAGGAAAGCAAGAAGGGGUUAUCAUUGCUUUGGCAAUCGCCGGGUUUCUGGCUUUUCAGCACUUCUCACGAGCUGGCAGCUUGCAGAAAGCAUUUGACCAGGGCUCAAUUCUUGCCACCUUAGGAAUCAUUUGUGUCACAGUUGUAUCAUUCCUUUUCUUGAUGUGAAUAUGCUCUUGAACAAUAAGGAGGUUAUAUGUAAAUCACUAUAAUAAUGUGCGCGACAAGACAAGAAGCAAUAUGCUGUAUAUAUGUGUGUGUGUGUGUUCUUGUAAUCACAAAAGUAUGCAUGCUGUGUUUCUCC